AUGGAGCUGAAGCCCGGCAUGUCGGCCCUCGUCACCGGCGGCGCCUCCGGCAUCGGGAAAGCGCUCUGCAUCGCUUUUGCACAAAAGGGUUUAUUUGUGACGGUGGUCGACUUCUCUGAACAAAAUGGAAGAGAAGUCACUUCGCUAGUUCAAAAGGAGAACAGAAAGUUUCAUGGAGAUCUUGGAGUACCGUCUGCCAUAUUCGUCAAGUGUGAUGUUUCUAUUGAAGGUGAUCUAGCUGCUGCUUUUGCGAAACAUGUAGACACAUAUGGUGGACUAGAUAUCUGCAUCAAUUGUGCUGGAAUUGCCAACAAAACAUUAGUUUAUUAUGAUACAUCUGACGGAACUAGGACAUGGAGGCAUGCCAUAAAUGUGAACUUUGUCGCUGUUAUUGAUGGUACUCGCAUUGCAAGUCAAAUAAUGCGAUCCCGGAAGAAGCCUGGUGUCAUAAUCAAUAUUGGUUCAGCUGCGGGCCUUUAUCCCAUGUUCGCCGAUCCCAUAUAUACUGGGACAAAAGGUGGUGUUGUUAUGUUUACUCGAUCACUUGCUCCAUUGAAACGCCAUGGUGUUCGUGUCAACGUGCUCUGCCCUGAGUUUGUUCAAACUAAUAUGGCUGAGCAAAUAAAUCAAAAAAUAGUACAUGCAACUGGUGGAUUUUUGAAGAUGGAGGAAGUUGUUAAUGGCGCAUUUGAACUUAUAAAAGAUGAGAGCAAAGCUGGUGCUUGCCUUUGGAUAACUAAGCGGAGAGGGAUGGAAUAUUGGCCAUCAGCAGAGGAACAAAGAAAAUAUCUGUUGAAUUAUACCAAGUCAAAAAGAACAGUAACAAAGAAUGUAUUUCCUAGCAUCCAAACACCUGAGUUUUAUGAGAAGAUAGUUGUUCACACACUCAGCCAUAAUUUCCGCAAUGCUACAAGACUUGAUCGUGUGCGAUUGAGAUUGCCCAUUGAACCACAAAGUGCGCUAGUUAAAAUAAUAUACGCUGGUGUAAAUGCUAGUGAUGUAAACUUCAGCUCCGGACGGUAUUUCAGUGGUAGUGCUAAAGAAACUGCUGCACGCCUUCCGUUCGAUGCUGGUUUUGAGGCUGUGGGAAUUGUUGCUUCUGUUGGAGAUGCAGUGAGCCAUGUCAAAGUUGGCAGUCCUGUGGCCCUUAUGACUUUUGGAAGCUAUGCUGAAUUUACGAUGGUUCCAGCCAAACAUCUUCUUCCGGUGCCAAGACCAGACCCGGAGGUCGUUGCUAUGCUAACAUCAGGAUUGACCGCUUCAAUUUCUCUUGAAAAGGCAGGUCAAAUGACAUCUGGGCAAGUUGUUUUAGUUACAGCAGCUGCUGGUGGAACAGGACAGUUCGCGGUUCAGCUUGCAAAACUAGCUGGCAACAAGGUUGUUGCCACAUGUGGUGGCGAAAGUAAGGCUGCAUUUCUAGCUUCCUUAGGUGUUGAUCGAGUUAUCAACUACCAGCAUGAGAAGAUCAAAGAUGUUCUGAAAAAGGAGUUUCCAAAAGGUGUAGAUAUUAUAUAUGAAUCUGUAGGUGGGGACAUGUUUGAUUUGUGCUUGAAUGCGCUCGCAGUCCAUGGACGCCUCAUUGUAAUUGGUAUGAUCUCUCAGUAUCAAGGAGAGGAGGGAUGGAAGCCGAAGAACUACACUGGACUAUGUGAGAAGAUUCUUGCUAAAAGUCAAACUGUGGCUGGAUUUUUCCUGGUUCAACAUGCUCACAUGUGGCAAGAUCAUCUUGACAAACUAUUUGAGUUGUAUGCCUCUGGAAAGCUAAAGGUCUCACUCGACCCUAAGAAAUUCCUGGGCGUUGCUUCCGCGGUGGAUGCGGUAGAGUAUCUUCAUUCUGGCAAGAGCGUCGGCAAGGUCGUCGUCUGCAUCGAUCCAGCUUACAGCCAGACCCUCGCUAAGCUGUAG